AUGACUACCACUACAGUACAUCAAAGAAAUUUAAAGAGUUAUAAUGGUAGUAAAAUAAGCACUAACAUAAAAAGUGAAAAAAACUCCCAAAAUAAAAAUCAGAAAAUCCCUCUCUGUUCCUAUUCUGAACUACCUGAAUGGCAAAAGGAUAAUGAAUGGAUUUUGCACGGUCAUUUACUCCCUGGCAUAGGUUAUCUCCUGUUGCUUUUGUUUUUCACAGAUUUAGUGCUGAUUCCAUACCUGGUCUCACAUAUGUCUAUGAAUGGCCAUGAAGCAAUUGAUGUAAUUGAUUAUCUCAUGAUUAAUUUUUAUUUGGUGGGUGCUUUUUUAUGUUUAAUGUGCAGCUCGUUUUUCCACUGCUUCAAGCAGCAUUCGAAAAAGCACAGCGAUAUGUGGAGUAAAGCUGAUUACAUGGGUAUCGUUAUUUUGAUUUCUGCUUCCAUUAUUUCACUGUUGUAUUACGGCUAUUAUGAUCAUUUGUCUUAUUUCAAAAUUUUCACAAUAAUUACAAUAAUACUAGGUUCAAUUUGUUCUGUUUUUGUGCUAAACGAUAAGUUUAAUGAAAAAGAUUUCAAGAUUUAUAGAGCUACAUUUUUCAUAUUAUUUGGAUUUAGUGGUAUUCUCCCGGUGGGAAUGGGUUUUCUAAAAUUCGGAAUCGUUGAAAGUUGUAAAAGGGUACAGUUCAACUAUCUUCUAUUAGAAGCCGUAUGUUAUAUCACUGGAGCUUUGAUUUAUGGUUUUAAAUUACCUGAAGCCUUUGCACCAGGUAAAUUCGAUUGUUUUGGUAAUUCCCAUCAAAUCUUCCAUGUUUUCGUAGUUUUAGGUUCCUUAUUUCAUCUAAGAGCUGUUGUUGGUUCUUUUAUAUUGAUGCACAGUGGUUAUCACACCAACAAUUUGUUGAUCUUUUGA